AUUGCAUUCGCGGCUAUUGCUCCUAGCAGAACAGGCUCUGUUGGGCUCAAAAUGCUAGCCGAAAGCUACCGGGCCAUUGCCCACGCCUUCAAUGGAGUCGAGCAGACUGACUGUGCCCGCGCGAAUGGAAUUGCACCGGCGGCGAGAGGCUUGUUGCGGUCGCAGCAGAUCUUAUUGGCUGCGGAGGACCCCCACCAACAUUUUGGCUCGUUUUCACUUUUGCCAUCGCUGCCAUCAAGCCUUCCAGAAGCCGCCCCCUUUCCCCUUGGGGGCAGGCUUCCUAACCAUCCCCAAGAAGGCAUCACUCUCCCACUGGUCAGUGAGUGUCCCCUGAAGGUCGAAAUCGGACAGAUUAACAUCGAGCUGGACCGUGACGAUGACAAUGCCAAUCAAAUCACCUUGCUGCCUUCGCGUUGA